AGGAGAACUCGGGGGCCCAAAGAGCAGCUGCUGGUCGGGGAGGCCAAACCUUGACAGGCCAAGAAAGCAGUGGCUGCCCCUGCUGCCCCAGGGAACAAUGCUUCUGGCUACUUUUAAACUGUGCGCUGGGAGCUCCUACAGACAUUUGCGGAAUAUGAAGGGUCUAAGGCAGCAGACCAUCAUGGCCAUCAGCCAGGAACUGAGCAAGAGGGCGCUAGGAGGCCCAACACCCAGUGCAUGGAUCAGCCAGGUUCGCCGCGGCAGUUCCUUGCUUAGCUCUCGGCUGGAAGAAAGCCUCUACAGCGACCAGGACAUGACUUAUCUACGACAGGGGGAGGAGGCCAUGCAGAAAGCCCUUGGCAUCCUCAGCAAUGAGGAUGGUUGGAAGAGUGAGAUUGAGCGGUCAAAUGGAGACAAAGUGUUGAGUAAGGUUGUCUCAGAUGUGGGCAAGGUGUUUCGGCUGGAAGUGGUGGUGGACCAGCCCAUGGAGAGGCUUUAUGAGGAAUUAGUGGAACGAAUGGAAGACAUGGGUGACUGGAACCCUAACGUCAAGGAGAUUAAGGUUCUGCAGAAGAUUGGGAAGGACACAAUUAUCACCCACGAGAUUGCCGCCGAGACACCAGGAAACAUUGUAGGGCCUCGAGAUUUUGUGAGUGUUCGAUGUGCCAAGCGUCGCGGUUCUACUUGUGUGCUGGCUGGCAUGGCUACCCACUUCGAGGAUAUGCCUGAGCAGAAGGGUAUCAUCAGAGCUGAGCAUGGCCCCACCUGCAUGGUCCUCCAUCCUGUGAUUGGAAACCCCUCUCAGACUAAGCUGACCUGGCUGCUCAGCAUUGACCUCAAGGGCUGGCUACCAAAGGCCAUCAUCAACCAAGUUAUGUCCCAGACGCAGGUGGACUUUGCCAACCACCUUCGCAAGCGCCUGGUCUCUGGCUACACUUCUGCCGUCAGUUGUUGAAGACCUCCAGACAUCUCCUAAUGGUCCCUCACAAGCAUUGUUGCCUGUGCACCGAUUAGCAAAAACCCAGCUGGGAAAAGCCUACGGGUCUGUGUAAAAUCUCCUUUCUAGACCAGUGGAUAGGAGUAGUGGUGAGAGGGGAAUUAGGGGGUGGGGGGUGGAGAGAAUUGUUUAUAAUAUAGCAAAUAAGGGCAAAGGCUAAGGCCAUAGAUAGCACCAAGAAACAAGAGCCUUCUCUGCUCCAAGUUCACUGUCAGGGUUGUGCUGGAAUAGGUCAGGCAGGGAUGAGGCUAGUCCAAGGCCUUCUAAGUCUUCAACUGCUGAAAACAUGUAAAAAUACUUCGGGCCCCUUGGGUGAAAAUGUGAGGAAAGAGUCCUGCCUUUGGAGUUAGGUGGCCUUGGGCUUGACUCUCAAGUCUGCUGUUUACUACAUGUGUAACCUUAGGUAAGUCACUGAAUGUCUGUGGGCCUAAAUUUUCUCCUCUGUUUAAAUGAGUCUUGGACUAGAUGACUUCUUCAGCUAGCCAAAUUCACAGGAUAAGAGGGUAGGGAGACUAAACAAUCAUUUUUUUUGGCAAACUAAAUUAUAAGCCUGAAUCACUUACAAAAACUGUUUCAAGUGAAAGAUGAACAAUGAACAUCAAAGAGUAUAUAGUUCACGACUGCCUAUUUUAUUCACUUAAAAGAAAGGGAGAAUGUCAAAUAGGAAUAGAAAAAUAAGAAUGCUAAGGAAAGAAAGAAAAAGAAGCAGGUUAAGGUUGACCAAAACUAUCAACAUAGCUGUUUCCCAGUGGCUUUACAUUAAAGAGGAGAUAUGAUUCCUGGUGUAAUGGCAAGAAUACUGGAGUUGCACCCAGAAGACCUGUUUUCAAAGUCCUGGGUCCGUCACUUCAGUGUUCUGUGAUCUUGGGCAAAUUACCUUCCCUCUCUGGACCUCAAUUUCCUGAUUUGUGAUAGGAAGGGGUUGGACUAAAUGCCCCUUUUUAAAGCUAAUCUCCCCAUGUUUCUGUUUUGGAUAUUCAAGGCUAGUAAACUUUGUGUUCUGCCUUAUAGGUCAUGACUUCAGGGGACUUUAGGAGAGUAGAUCUGUGUCAACAUAUGCCCAUCUUUAAAAUGCUGUUUAGGCCUAAAAGAUAUACAGCUACCAAUUUUUCAGCUAAAAUUUCUAUAUUAAUAAAUCAAUACUUGACUUUUAGGUGAGUGUAGCAAGGUCUUUUUCCAAGUUUUAGGCACUUCUCGAUUAGGGUAGGCUUUUUGUUGUUGUUAAAAAGAUUUGCAAGCAACAAAGAGAAUAAAUCUGCUCUCAAAUACUUUCCCCUCUACUUCACAAAAAGGAAUAGUUAAUACAAUGGAAGGUUUGCACAAUGUGGAAACAAAGCUUUUAUUUAUUCAAAAUACUAGUGGGAAUGUUGCUAUUUAUUGCUUUAAGUGUAACCACACAAGAUGGUAUUUAUUACUAUUUAUUCUGAUUAUUCCAAGGAGCAUGAGCCAAACAGCCAUUCUAGCGUUGGCUGAAAUGUCACAUUGACUUGUCUGCCCAGAGUCCAAAGAUCACAGAGGGAGGUGAAUGUAAUGGCUCACAUUUAUCUAGUACAUUAUGGUAUGAAUGUAACCAAUACUGACUUUCAGAGUAGAAAAGAUAGCUCAGUUUAAAAAAAAUCUACAAAGGAACCUUAAAUGAGAAAAGACAGCAAUAUGAUUGCUGGUUUCAAGAGAAAGGAGAGCAGGCUCCUAAAGAGAUGAGCCCAAGUUUUUUCAGUAUAACAUAAUGUGGCAUUUCAACAAUCAUGGGAAUUCAAGAAGGGUUUCCUUCAGCUGUCUCCCAAACUGACUAUAACUAUGCUUGAAAUCUUCUGAGAUGGUUUUAAGACUUUUAAUUUUGGUUUGGAAUAAAACAACCUGUUUGAUCCUAA